AUGCGUCGCGCCAUCACUCGCGGCUUGGGUGCUUCUAGCCGUUCUACUCCCGCCCUUUCUCGAUCCUCUCUUCUCGCCUCGUCCAAGAUCACCUCCAGCGGCGCGUCACACGUCGCUGCCAGACGCAUUCAUGCGACUAGCAAGCAGCUUCAGCCUGUGACGGCUGCUCUGGCUUCCACAGCCAGCAACUAUCCCACCACCCACGCAAAGAUCGAGGCAGCCGAUACCCCCUACUUCAUCGACAACAAGUUCGUCUCGUCCUCAACCGACAAGUUUAUUGACUUGCACGAUCCCGCUACCAAUGAGCUCGUCACCCGCGUUCCUCAGAUGACUGACGCUGAGAUGAAGGCUGCCGUUGAAAGCGCCGAGAAGGCCUUCAAGUCGUGGAAGAACACUACUGUCAUUAGUCGACAGCAGAUCAUGUUCCGCUUUGUCCAGCUCAUCCGCGAGAACUGGGACCGCCUCGCUGCUAGCAUUACUCUCGAGCAGGGCAAGACAUUUGCUGAUGCCAAGGGUGAUGUUCUUCGAGGUCUUCAAGUCGCCGAGGCUGCCGUUGGCGCCCCUGAGCUUCUCAAGGGUGAGGUACUAGAAGUCUCAAAAGAUAUGGAGACUAGAACCUACCGUGAGCCUCUGGGUGUCACAGCUGCUAUCUGCCCCUUUAACUUUCCUGCCAUGAUUCCUCUUUGGUGUAUUCCUAUUGCUACCAUCACCGGCAACACUCUCAUUCUCAAGCCUUCCGAACGCGAUCCUGGUGCUGCCAUGAUCAUUGCUGAGCUUGUACAGAAGGCUGGUUUCCCCGAGGGUGUCGUCAACAUCAUCCAUGGUGCCCACCGCACUGUCGACUUCAUCCUCGACGAGCCCGCUAUCAAGGCCAUCAGCUUCGUCGGCGGUAACAAGGCCGGAGAGUACAUCUUCAGCCGUGGUUCUGCCAACGGCAAGCGUGUCCAAGCCAACCUGGGCGCCAAGAACCACGCUGUAGUCUCUCCCGAUGCCAACAAGAACCAGUUCCUCAACUCCAUUGUUGGUGCUGCUUUCGGUGCUGCCGGCCAGCGCUGCAUGGCUCUGAGCACUCUCGUAAUGGUCGGCGAGACCAAGGAGUGGCUGAACGAGCUUGCCGAGCAAGCUAAGCUACUUAACGUCAACGGUGGUUUCGAGCAGGGUGCUGAUCUCGGCCCGGUCAUCUCACCUCAGAGCAAGGAGCGCAUUGAGAAGCUUAUCGAAUCUGCCGAGAAGGAGGGUGCUACUAUUCUUCUCGACGGCCGCGGUGUUAAGCCCAGCAAGUACCCCAACGGAAACUGGGUCGGUCCUACCAUCAUCACCAACGUCACGCCUGACAUGACCUGCUACAAGGAGGAGGUCUUCGGACCCGUACUUGUCUGCCUCAAUGCUGAGUCUAUUGACGAGGCUAUCGAGCUAGUCAACAAGAACGAGUAUGGUAACGGCACUGCCAUCUUCACCAGGUCUGGUGCUACUGCCGAGACCUUCCGCAAGCACAUUGAGGCCGGCCAGGUUGGUAUCAAUGUUCCUAUUCCCGUCCCCUUGCCCAUGUUUUCUUUCACUGGCAACAAGAAGUCGAUUGCUGGCGGUGGUGCUAGCACUUUCUACGGAAAACCCGGUAUCAACUUUUACACUCAGCUUAAGACUGUGACGGCGUUCUGGCAGAGCGCUGAUGCCGUUGCCAAGAAGGCCGAUGUCGCUAUGCCCACUCACCAAUGA